AUGAAACUACUCAACAAGUACGUUUUAACCACAAUCUCCGACCGGAGUUUCAUCCGUCAACUCAACGAUGGAUCACAGAGAGACACGUGGAUCUUCGUCUACACAAGGCGUUGGCGUCGCGACAACGGUGUCCUUCACGGAUUCUCCGACCGUUCUGUUCGGUGGUUCAGGAUUCCGGUUGCUGAAAUUUUGACCGGAGAGACGUUUCCAGGCGAAGACUUGUAUCUUUUAACAGCUAGCGGUAAUUUCCUUCUAUUUGCCUCCAAUACGCAUAGUGGAAUCAUAGCCGUUGAUUUGGUGGACAAAAGCGUUAGAAGAAUCAGCUCAUGUCCGUUAGGUCCACGUGGAACUUCGUCUUGGAGGCGGUCCGGUAUGAAGCUUGUGCCGGAUCCAUCAAAUCCAGGACAUUUCCGGUUUGUGUUCGCUGAGCUGGUAAAUAACCGGCCGGUUCUAUUUACUUAUCAUUCUGAUACUACCACGUGGCAUACUAAAGAAGCAGAUAAUACAAGUAACUGGGAUUUUAUGAAAAACAGUAACGUUUUCUUAAGCUUAUCCAAUCGACCUCACGAGAGUCUUGUGAUGAGCGUGGACGAUGGGUCAGUGAUAAACCGGUCUCCGGCUAUUUUAAGGCCGAGGAUUAACCAAGACGCGAUCAGAGAAUGCCCGUCAAGCGUCGGAUUCAGCAGGAACGAUCUAGAGAGUCAGUUCUUGCACAUACAUGGAGAUGAAUAUAAAGUGAUUAUUAGAUUAGACACAAUAGGGUUAUCAAAAAUGAAGAAAAUGAAGAAUUUGGAAGUUUGGGAGAUUAGCUCAAAUGGUGAGAAGUGGGAGUUAGUGUCAAGAGCUCCGAGUCAUGUGAUCAGCAACAAGCCUUGUGGUGUGAUGAUGGGAUGCUUGGAGAGGAGACUAGGGGUGAUCAGAGUGGCUCUAAUGACUAAUCAUGAGGGUUUAUGGAAUAUUAUUUGGUUGGAUUAUGAUAAGGAGAGGGAUAAGUGGGAGUGGGUCCCAAUGCCACAUUGUAGAUUCUUGCAAGGCUCAAAUAUGGCCGGGAUUAGCUUCUCUUCUGGCCUCACUAUUUCGUUGUAA